AUUAUUGAUUGGGGCGAAAGAAGAAGAGAGCACAAGCAUUCAGCAAAAGAAAGGCGCAGCUAGUAAAAAUAGUCUUUAUUUAAAUAAUAUUCUCUGCUUAAGUUUUUCGUGUUAAUAUUGAUGUUUCAUACGCUAUCAGCUUAAACCAAUUUGCAUUGCACAUUGCAAUUUCAAGCAAUCGUUUGUAUAUUUAUUUAAGAACGCAAAACCCAAACGGCAGAAAUUCGCCGAACGAAGAAAAAACAAAAGCCAAAAAAAAGACAGACAAAUAGCUAAAAUGACCAAUUUGGAGAAGCAACAUGAGAUGGUGAAGCGAAGUCUAGUGCAGUUUGUCAGCGCCCAUAUUCCAGGCGCCGACUUUAGCGUUGUGGACGAGAUUGUUCUAUCCUAUAUCAUUUCCAUACUCGAGGAGGCUUCGCAGGACCCAUGUUUCGAUGUCGAAGGUUUUGUAGAGAUGAUGGGCGCCUAUUUUGAGGAGUUUUCCACCAUUGAUCAGGGCGUUAUAUGUGAAUGGAUCUACAAGCUGGCUAACGAGCUAACCGAAACCGAAAAGAAUCAAGGAAAUCACAAUUCCAUCAAUUUAUCGCUUAACUCGUUGACUCUAUCGAGCAUUAUACCAGAGUCCAAAUUGCGUGCACGCAACUCUUCAAUAUCCGAAAAAGAUGAGCUCUCUUCGAACAACAGCAGCAACAGUGGCGGCGGAAGCAGCAGCAAGCGAUCCCAGCACUUGUCGGAGACUAGCGAUGGCGGCUCCACUGACAGCUCCAGCUCCACUUGCGAUUACUUUUUGGAUGAGGCGGAGGUGUUACAGGAAAUGUUCCCAGAUACCGCUUACGUGGAGAUAAAGCACUGCAUUGCCAUCUCGAAGGGAGAUAUUGAUGGUGCCACUCAGAUUCUAUUGCAUCGUCAGGAGACCAAUCAGAGUUUGACCGACAAGUCACACACUUUGGUCAUCAAGAAGAACAUUGUGGUGGACGAUAAUGAGCUUAAAAAUCGCAUAAUUGCCAGAUACUCUUACGUUGACAAAAAUGCUACACAGCGGGAGUAUAAGCCGGUGGUUCCAAAAAUGGAGCCACGUAAACUUGUGCGCUAUCGGGACAACAAGAUUGUGUCGCUUAAGGGCGAGCGUUACACCGAAGUCAAGCGUGACGAAGAUGCUGAGUUAAAAAAACCCAAGAAGCAGAUUCAACCGUAACUAAAGAUGAACAAAACCCACAAGUAUUUUAUCAAAAAGCAACUUAACCAACAACAACCACCUAACAAUUCCGCACCAACGACACCUAGAAUUGAACGAAGCAGCAGCAUUCAGCAACAAACCGAUGAAAAUGUUUUAGAACACAAUGAAUACUACACAGAGCUGCAUAUGAUGAUAAAUGGAAUCAGAUUGAAUUCCAAACCCAACCCAAGUAACAAUAACCAAACUCCCAGGCUGGUUUUAGCACCAGUUGUAGCCAUGCUUAGCCAACGUUUAGAUGCUUCCUUGCCAACAACAUUAUCACAUCACAUGCAAACAGACGAACAACAAUUGUUGAGGAGGACAGCAGCAGCCGCCGACGCAUCGAGUGACCCAAUAAUCAUAAUCCAGAUAUCCAAUCCAUGUGAGUUAGCUGGCAAUUUGUUGUUGCUGUUGUUAGUUAGCCUUGCUGGCUGCUAUUGUAGGCCGCGGAAUUUUUAUCAUAAUCAAAUUGUGGACAAAGAAGACACGAAGAAGACUUUACAUACCAAAUUAGUUAAUAGUUAUGUUUUAGGAAUCGCAUUUGCAUUUUUGUUUUUUGUUUGGCCAGCCCAGGGCGUUAUAAUCAAUAACUACUUAUGAGUCUCGUUUCGGUGACAAGGAUGUAGCCCAAGGAUAUUCUUGGCUGCUGCCUGUCGCUCAUGACAACGCUUUGCGGUCACGCCUAACAUCGUGAGGAUAGUAUUUUUCUGAGUUCCUUAACUCCACACAUAACAAGUUAUUCGAAAUGAAUUUUGCUCGUUAGUGAAUCUCGACAUCCCACGAUUAAGGGCGCGACUAUUAAACUCGAAUUUGGCGCUCAAAAUAGACUUAUUUAGAUGAUUUUAGGUAUUCGAAUUGAAGUGUUUGUAAGUACAGCUUGUGUUUUUAAAACGCAACUGAAAAACCACUUGCCAUAAGAUUUAUGUUGAAAGGGUUUAUAUAUUGUUUUUACUGUGUAAAACGUUUUUAAUUUCCUUUUUAUUUAUUAUUAUUAUUAUUUUGGUCUAAGCAAACUAGUAACAGUAACCACAAAUGCCAUGCAACAAUAACUAGUCCUCAUCCCGAGAACCAACUCCACAUACCAAAACAAAAAAAAGCGGCUGCUGCUCGGAUGGACAGAGCAAUAUUAAUAACAUAUUCAACGUAUACAACUAACCAAGAAUAAUCAAUUUUAAUAUAACCCCCUAUAUUAGCAAGCUUCUUUGUAAUUCCUUUAAGUGUUGAAAGCCCAGCGUAAUUCAUUUUUUGUAGUGUUUAAGACAUCAGAAUAUCAUUCGACGCAUUUGCAUUUCAUGCUUUUUUUAACAUCUUCAUUUAUUAUUUUACAAUACAUAUGUGUAUUAUAAGUGUUCCUUUCCACGACCACCGUUUAAUUUAUAUUCAGCUACUAUCUCCUUACAAGUUUAUUUUGUAUUUCAUUUAAGCUAAGCACUGACUAAUCGGUAUUUAUAUUUAUAUUAUAUAUGUAUAAAUAUGUAUUUAUGCAUUUCACUGGUUUCGGUUUGAUAUUAUGCGACACUUUCUCAUAUAUUUUAGUUUAUAUAUUAUUUUUGUGAUAUUAGCAUAAAAAUUAACUACAAGAAAAAGGCAAAACUCUCGAAUUAAACUUUUCAAAUUCAAUAAAUAUAUAAUAUUGUAUCCAA